AUUUGCCCUUCAUGUCUGCCACAGCCUCUGAUGCUGGAACAGCCGAGUCACAUUUUGUGAAUGUUUUUAUUUCACAGAAGACACACGUGAUGGCAGUAGGCUUCUGAUGAUUUAAAGGUUUGAUGGGUGCAGCUGUCUGGUAGCUCUUUGUCUUCCACAAUCUUUUGCCUAGAAAAAGGAAUUCUAAUGUGUUUUAAUCAUGCUGACCAGCAAGGGUCAGGGAUUCCUUCACUUGGGUUUGUGUCUCUGGUUGUGUAUAUUCAUACCUUCCUUUAAAGGCUGUGCAGGAUGUGCAUCCGAGGAGAGACUCUUCCACAAACUGUUUUCUCGUUAUAACCGGUUCAUCCGGCCCGUGGAAAACGUUUCCGAUCCUGUCACCGUGUAUUUUGAAGUGGCCAUCACACAGCUGGCCAACGUGGAUGAAGUAAACCAGAUCAUGGAAACCAAUUUGUGGCUACGUCACAUCUGGAAUGAUUAUAAGUUGCGCUGGGAUCCAAUGGAAUAUGAUGGCAUUGAGACUAUUCGUGUUCCGGCAGAUAAGAUUUGGAAGCCUGACAUUGUUCUCUAUAACAAUGCUGUUGGUGAUUUCCAAAUCGAAGGCAAGACAAAAGCCCUUCUUAAAUACGACGGCAUGAUCACCUGGACCCCACCAGCUAUUUUUAAGAGUUCCUGUCCUAUGGAUAUCACCUUCUUCCCUUUUGAUCAUCAAAAUUGUUCCCUGAAGUUUGGUUCCUGGACAUACGAUAAAGCUGAAAUUGAUCUUCUAAUCAUUGGCUCUAAAGUAGACAUGAAUGACUUUUGGGAAAACAGUGAAUGGGAAAUUGUUGAUGCCUCUGGCUACAAGCAUGACAUAAAAUACAACUGUUGUGAAGAGAUAUACACAGACAUAACCUAUUCCUUCUACAUUCGGAGAUUGCCAAUGUUUUACACCAUUAAUCUGAUCAUCCCCUGUCUCUUUAUUUCAUUUCUGACUGUGUUGGUCUUUUACCUUCCUUCAGACUGUGGUGAAAAAGUGACACUUUGCAUCUCAGUUCUGCUUUCCCUGACUGUGUUUUUGCUGGUCAUUACAGAAACCAUCCCGUCCACCUCUCUUGUGAUCCCACUGGUGGGUGAGUAUCUGCUGUUCACCAUGAUCUUUGUCACACUAUCCAUUGUGGUGACCGUGUUUGUGUUAAACAUACACUAUCGCACCCCUACAACACACACCAUGCCCAAAUGGGUGAAGACAAUUUUCCUCCAGCUGUUCCCACAGAUCUUGAUGAUGAGGCGGCCUCUGGACAAGAUGAAGGAAAAAAAUUCCAAGCAAAAUCCUGAAGUUCUUUCAGGUAAGCCUGUCAAGGUCAGGUUUGCUAAUCGCAGAGAACCUAAACUUCUGAAGGAAUGCUGCCACUGUCAUAAGUCAAGUGGGGCAGCUACCAGCAAGAGAAGAUUAAGUCAUCAGCCUUCACAAUGGGCAACAGAGAAUUUGGAGCACUCUCCUGAAGUUGAAGAUGUGAUUGAUAGUGUUCAAUUCAUAGCAGAAAAUAUGAAGAGCCACAAUGAAACAAAGGAGGUAGAAGAUGACUGGAAAUAUGUGGCCAUGGUGGUAGACAGAAUAUUUCUUUGGAUAUUUAUAAUUGUCUGUGUGUUUGGAACCACGGGGCUAUUUCUACAGCCGCUAUUUGUGAACACAGAAAAAUUUUAACAUGUCUUUUCUCUUAGAAACUCACAGACUCUAUAUUUGUUCUGUAUUCCUUACCACAGGAAAGG